AUAAUUCAACAAGCUCUUGAAUUACCAGAUGCCUCAAUCGAAUGCCACUGAGUGUCACUAAAAGUCAUAGACGGAGAUUAUCACUAUAGAGAUCGAAGGCGCGAAGUCACCAUCCUGGACCCCGCAUUCUCUGGAAGAUCGACCCGCGAAAUUGGGGAAUCAGCGAUAUUCACAUGAUAUUACUCCUCUUCCUAAACUGAAACCAGAAAAGAGAAUCAUCCGGUCCGAGACCCGAAGUACCAGGAAGUGAGCGGCGAACUCAAAAGGUCUGCGCUGUGCAUGCUCUGAUCGCAUUUCAUGCGCCUAAUUUUGGAAUCAGUCCUGUACUCUGUACUGUAGUGGACAGCCCUAUACCGUAGUUUGAGGUGAAUGUCCGAAUCAGUGCCACGAAAGUCAACUGAGCGAAUGAGCGAAUGCUUUCUAGUUAUCGAGACCGCUUUCGGUCUUCUUCGUGGACCGAAAGCGGGCUUGCAAGGGCCAGAAGAGGUCAGAGCAGUCUUCAGACCGGGUCCAAAGGCGGAAUUUAUUACAAUCCCCAUUGUCUGGGAGCAGCUGAUCGUCGCGCCAGAAGUUCUACCUGCACCUGUCUCGUCACAUGUCCAAGAAGAAGGCGAGCUGUGGAUCGAAAGGCUGCGGAUCUCGCAAGCAGACGGAGAGAACGAGUGUUGAAGUUCGGGGUUGUUCUCGCAGCCGGAAUUCUUGGGAGAAACGUGCACUUCGAAAUACGCACGAAUGUGAUCGUUACAGCGGACGAGAACAUUCGUGGAUGAUGAGCUCGGGACCCCUUUGCUUCCACCGAAGAGCCAUGCUCGAGAAGGAAGUGCUGGUAUCAGCGUAAAAGUCCCCAGGCCGGGUAAACACCUCAAAACUCAUUUGAAUCAAACUUCAUGCUUAAACUUUCGCGGGGAGUGAUGGUGGGAAGCAUCAUGUGUGGUUGUGAUCGAUUUGCUCUCUAUAAAGAAUACGCC